GAAGGAAGAAGAGAAAGUAAUUCUGCAGCUACAAACUCUCUCACCAUCUUCUGACUUCCCCUUCAGCAACUCGUCUCUCUCUGAAUCAAAGGGUUUGUCGUCUCGUCGUCUCCGCAAUGAAGACGCUGGCUGUGUCUGCGCUUGUUUGUGCCGCGAUGGCUCUGACUAGAGCUGCGGCUCUUCCAGAGGCAACACCUGAAAAAGGCCAACCGGCAAAGAGUCACCUGGUCAAGAGGUCACCAUGUUGUUCAGGUAGCUGGUCUGAAAUCAGCGGUCGCUGUUUCCAGUUCGUUCCAAGAGCCUUGACUUGGGCUCAAGCUGAGAGAAACUGUCUGUCCAUGGGUGCAAACCUUGCAUCUGUCCGAGGAGCUAAGGAGUAUCGUAAGAUUCAAAGGCUGAUAGCAGAUAAAGCUCACGGGAAUCCACGGACGUGGGUCGGAGGCUCUGACGGUGCAGAGGAGGGUGCUUGGUUCUGGAGUGAUGGUACACCUUUCACCUUUUCAUACUGGUGCAGGGGGGAGCCAAAUAAUGUUCAUAGUCAGCACUGUAUGCAAAUGAAUUAUAAAGGCCACAAAUGCUGGGAUGACGUGCAGUGCAACAGACACCUUCCAUCUGUCUGUGUAAAGAAAACCAGCUGAUUCCUGCGCUGACGCAGAAGCACGAAGCAGCUGGAAAAAUCACAAACACGAUGGAUGUUUCUUCAUGCUGUCAGUCUCAUAUGUACCCCGAGGCCUCUAUAGCUCAUUUCACGUCUUUAUUUUCUCUUCUAUCGCUGUAACGCUACUUAAGAAGUGAAGUGAAUUAAGAAGAUCUGGGUCGUCUGAGGCCUCGUGCCUUCAAUACGAGCAGGCUGGAUGUGUUAUGAAAAGGCUGCUUUUAGCACAACCUUAUUCUGCAGAGUGAACUUUCUUGUCUUUCACACAUUAAAAGGCUCAAGCAUUGAAACAA